UCAUGACCAGGGUCUUGCCAUUUCGUUGGCUCUCUCUCCCCUCGCCCUCUCCCACUCGGGGAGUAGUUGUCGUCUACAUCGCCCGGGACCCCUUUGCACUGGAGUGUUCGGUGGCGAUUCGCCUCCUGCCACCAUGGCGACCUUUGCGAAACCUGAAAAUGCUCUCAAGCGAGCAGAAGAGUUGAUGAAUGUUGGGCAAAAGCAGGCUGCACUACAAGCACUUCACGAUCUGAUUACGUCGAAAAGGUACCGAGCAUGGCAGAAAACGCUAGAGAAGAUUAUGUUCAAGUAUGUCGAGCUCUGUGUGGACAUGAAGAAGGGCAGAUUUGCCAAGGAUGGGUUAAUCCAGUAUCGGAUAGUCUGCCAGCAAGUCAAUGUCAGUUCGCUGGAGGAAGUCAUCAAGUACUUCCUUCAGCUGUCCAGCGAGCGUGCCGAGGCUGCGCAAGCCCAAGCAGCAGCUGCUGAGGUAACUUUGGAUGUUGAGGAUUUGGAGGCUGAGAAAAGGCCGGAGGAUUUGAUGUUGAGUUACGUCAGCGGCGAGAGGGGGAAAGAACGCUCUGAUCGCGAAACCGUGACUCCGUGGUUUAAGUUUCUAUGGGAAACAUAUCGAACAGUACUGGAAAUUCUGCGGAACAAUUCAAAGUUGGAGUCCUUGUACGCCAUGACAGCCCAUCGGGCUUUUCAGUUUUGCCUCCAAUAUAAGCGCACAACAGAAUUUCGACGGCUCUGCGAAAUUCUCCGCAAUCAUCUUACCAACCUGAACAAAUACAGAGAUCAGCGUGACAGGCCUGAUCUCAGUCAGCCAGAAAGUCUGCAGUUGUAUCUAGAGACUAGGUUUGAACAGCUCAAGAUCGCUACAGAGUUAGAGUUAUGGCAGGAAGCGUUCCGCUCGAUUGAGGAUAUUCAUGGACUGAUGUCCAUGGUGAAGAGAACGCCGAAGCCCCAAAUGAUGGCCGUCUACUAUGCCAAACUGACACUUAUCUACUGGGUAUCUGACAAUCACUUAUAUCAUGCCUACGCAUGGUACAAGUUAUACAACCUGCAAAAGAGCUAUAACAAGAAUCUCACAGCAAAGGAUUUGCAACUCAUGGCGUCAGCUGUAGUGUUGGCAACUCUUGCUGUACCCCCCUAUGACCGCAAGCAUGGUGCUCACCACUUCGAGUUAGAGAUGGAAAAGGACCGGAACAUUCGAAUGGCCAACAUUCUGGGAUUCAACAUCGAUGCAAAGAAAGACUCUCGGGAAGUCCUAUCCAGGGCAGCUCUACUUUCUGAACUUGUUGCGAAAGGUGUGAUGACGUAUGUUUCACCGGAGGUCAAGGAUCUCUACACAUUGCUAGAGAAUGAAUUCCACCCGCUUGACCUUGCUGCGAAAGCUCAGCCUUUUCUCUCGAAACUCCCAAAUCUAAGUGAUAAGCUGUCUUCAGCAUCACCGGUUCCGGAAGUGCGAUUAGAGCAGUAUGUUCCAGCUCUUGAAAGGCUUACUACUCUCCGAGUUCUUCUGCAGGCAUCUCAAGUCUAUUCGACCAUUAGAAUUGCAGACCUCACUCGAAUGGUCACAUUUUUUGAUUUCUCGGUCAUCGAGAAGUUGAUUGUGGAAGCAGUGAAGUACAACUUUGUGCAAAUGAAGGUUGAUCAUCUGAAAGAAGUUGUCAACUUCGGUAGUCAGGACUUGGAGUCUGAGAAAGUAAAGACUCACCUUGCUAUUCUUGCGAAGAGGUUGAAGAAGGCCUGCAGCAUGAUCUCUCCACCCACUGUCGAGAGGUCUUCAAAGCAGAUUUUGCCAUACGCUGAGCUUCAAGCCAUCGUAGAGAAAGAGCACAAGAAGUUGCUUGCUCGCAAGGUUUUGAUCGAGCGUCGGAAAGAAGAACAGGAGCGACAAAUGCUUGAAAUGGAGAGAGAAGAGGAGUCGAAGAGACUGAAACAGCAACGCUUGACAGAAGAGGCUGAGGCCAAGAGACUCGCAAACGAGUCAGCCAGACGAGAGGAAGCCAGGAUUCGAAAGGAAAUUGAAGAAAAGGAACUGGAAGAAGCGAGGGCUUUGCUUGCUGAAGCUGAAAAACGAAAGGGCAAGAAGGGCAAGAAAGGAGGUGUUGAUGGAGAAGUCAGUAAACUCUCGAAGCAGCUUCUGAUGGAAGAAGCUCUGAGUGAGCAAAUUAGAGAACGGCAAGAGAUGGAGCGGAAGCUUCAAAAGCUUGCCAAGACAAUGGACUAUCUGGAACGCGCGAAGCGAGAGGAGGAGAGACCACUGAUUGAGGAGGCUUACCAUAAGCGGCUUCAAGAUGAUGAGAGGUUCUAUCAGCAGCAGCAGGAGCAAGCUAUUGAGCAGAGCAAGAAGCAGCAUGAGACUGACGUUGUCGAGAAGCAUCGGUUGGAGCGGAUGGGAGAAGACAAGGAAAUUUUCCAACGACAAGUUGUCAGCCGUCGUCAUGGAGAGUUCGAGAGGUUGAAGCGCUUGCGGGAGGAAAGACUUGCUGAGGAGCGUGCUAUUAGAUCUCAUGAACGUGAAAUCAGACGCAAAAAAGAAUACUUCAAGAGACAAGAGGAGCAGCGCCUUCUCAAGAUCCAGGAAGAAGAGGAGGCUAGGAAGAGAGAAGAGGAAGAGCGCAAACGCAGAGAAGAAGCUGAACGCCUUGCGAAGUUGGAGGAAAUUGCCCAAAAGCAACGUGAGAGGGAAGCUGCCGCCGAAGAGAGAGAGAAGCGUGAGAGAGAGGAAGCUUUACAAGCUAGGCUUCAAGAGAAACCAGGAAAGUUUGUUCCUCCUUCGCUUCGAAAGUUUAGGGAGAGCGGCGAGGAAUUGAAGCGUCCUAGCAUGGAAGACCGUCGAGAUGUGCGUCCACCAGUGGAGGAACGUCGGCCUCUUUUCCUGUCGUCGCGAUCAGCUCCUCCUCGUGAUGCUGAUAGGCCGAUCGAUAGAGAGUCUGCCAAUGCUCCUCCCUCCAAAGCUUAUCAACCGCCUCGAGCCCGUCAGUCCGACCCUGAAGCUCCUCCACGAGCGUAUGAGCCUCCUCCAGUGCGACGGACUUAUGAUGCACCACCUGCACGUGGGGACACCAAUGAGCCUCCUCGGUCUGGUGUAUACGCUCCUCCCAAUCGUGGAGGAGGCAGGUCCUUUGGGCAGCGUCCUGUCAUCGGUGGCAGACCAACAGAAGAUCGUCCAGAGCGCACUGAAGAUCGUCCAGAGCGUCGAGAUCGUUGGUAAACUGAUCUCGAUAGCCAUAGGCAGGACUCCGGCAAUUAGCAACGUUCCUAUUUACGGGAGCUGUAGGUGGUUUUCGGUGUUUUCUUGUCAUGUGCUUAAAAGGUCACAUUUUGGUAGGGUCAAAUGCAGUAAAGUGAUCGAGUUAGUCAGCACUUGUGAGGAUCUUCUUCCUGUUCAGAUAGUAUGUCUUGUCUUAUGAAUGUCAGCUCUGUUUAGUCUUGUUUCAUGUCCUCAGCUUCCUGUUCGGAGUUUACAUGGAUACAAUACCUUGUGGACUUUCAUUAUAAGGUUUAUUUAUCCUCGCUUGGGGGGAGUUCGGGAUAGUCGAGUAGUGGAGGGGAUUGUCUUGACUGUAUCAUGUUUUAGAAUCAACCGGAUUAAUACCUUCAACUUCCUCGGAGUUUUAGUCAAUACCAUCACUUGUAAACUGUACGUUAGGGUAUGAAUUUUAUGAUGUAGCCUGAACCAGAGAUGUAUAUCGUGCAUUCUAAAUCAUAUGUUUAUUAGUGAGUUAAUUUUUUAA